UCACUUCUCCUCUAAUAUCCACGUCACCUACAACCACAAAAGACCAUGCCACCCAAAACCCCCUCACCAGCUUAUAUCCAUAUCAAGAAUGCGUCUCUCAUUACGGUUAAUUCGACCGCUGAGACUCUGAACAAUUAUGAUAUUUUGAUUAAAGGUGACACUAUCAUAUCAAUAGGACCAGACUUAGACGUGCCAUUGGACGCGGACCUCACUGUUAUCGAUGCAGAAAACUGUAUCGUUGUGCCAGGCUUUGUGGACGGACAUCAUCAUAUGUGGCAGCAAAUCAUCCGAGGCGUUACCACGGACUGGACUCUUUUCGAUUAUCUUGUUAACAUCCGCAGUCUCUACGGUAGCGUUUACACUGCCGAGGAUGUAGAGCUCGCCUAUUACGCCGCUGCGCUGGAUCUGCUCAAUAACGGAGUAACCUGUGUUCUCGAGCACAGUCACAUUAUCAACUCACCCAAGCAUGCCGAUGCUGCCAUCCGAGGUCUCAAGAAAGCUGGUAUUCGGGGAUGUUUUUGCUACGGCUUCUACGAGAAUCCGCCCAUUGACGGUUGCGAUGUUCCUGGUGUCAAUCUUGACAAGUUCAAACAGGAGCAGCGUGUGUGCGAUGUGCGGCGAGUACGCGAAGUUCAUUUCACCAGCAACGAUCCCGCCGAAGAUCUUCUCACGUUUGGUAUUGCGCCUACUGAGCCAGAAUCCCAACCGUUGGAUGAGACGGUGCCCCAGGUCCAGCUGUCUCGCGAACUCGGUGCUAGAAUAACUACUAUGCAUGUCGCCAUGGGAUCGUACGACAAAGCUCACCAGGAAGUCGUGCAGCAUCUCGCAAAUGGUGGCCACUUAGGACCAGAUUUGGUCUUUUCCCAUGGCGCGUCGCUGACGGACAGGGAACUGGACUCGAUACGCUCUGCUGGCGCGGGUCUCGUUGGUACCCCUGACACAGAAUUACAGAUGGGCAUGGGCUUCCUCGUCGUCUUUCGCGCCGCCGACAAGGGCUGCAAGGCAUGCGGUGCCGAGGUUUUAAGGCUAGAUCAUCUAGUAGGUUCAAUUAUUGUUGGCAAGAAAGCUGACCUUGUCAUCUUCCGGUUCGACGACGUAAGCACAGUGCCAGUCCAUGACCCGACGGCUACGGUGGUCUUUCAUGCAUCGAGUGCCAAUAUCGACACCGUUAUCGUUAACGGGAGGAUUGUGAAGAAUGGAAGUCUUGUUGGAGUUGACUGGCCAUUGGUUCGGACAGCCCUGCGCACUCAAUCAGAGAGAAUCAAAUUCCAGGCAGCGAAGGUGGACUUAGCUACGGCCAGAGCCAAGUGGUUAGAGAUUAUCUCUCGCUCAUCGUAA